CAUGCGUGUGUGCCUAUGUGCGUUCGAAAUGUCAACACAGAUUUGGCAGAUUUUGACUAUGAGACAGCGAUUUAUUAUGGCGAUUCAAAUGUGAAUAUUGGCGAGCCAUUCUCAAUCACAUGCAUAGUCCCCUUGGCCGAACCCAUAUUUUGGCUAAAAGAUGGCGAGCCAAUAACGCGACACAAUCUACGCCACGGACGCGAUGAGCACUCCUACACGCUGUCGGAAAGUGCCAUUGAGGGUGAGAAACACAAAAUCGAGGCGCAUCUUUCCGUGCGUCACGCGCUUAAGGUGCACGAGGGUCAGUAUAAGUGCAACAAUUUGCACACAAGCUACCAUAUGUUGCACGUACGCAGCGCCAAUGAGGUGCCAACACACCCACAAACAUAUACACCAUUUGUGGUAACAGCGGGUGGCGUCGGCGGCGGUGACGGUGACGGUGGUGGCCAUCUUUCAACGCUCUCGGCAUACGAAACGAUACACGAUCUAACACCCAGUUCGGCAGAUGAUAUUUUCACACGCAUAUGGGAGCCGCACAUGGAGGUGGACGUUUCGCCGGCUAUGCCACUGCCAACACAAACUACCACAACAACAACACACCGGCGACAACAUCAUCACCAUCAUCAACAACAACAGCAGCAGCAGCAGCAGCAGCAGCAACAACAAAGGCCCCAACCUAAAACAACGAAACUGGAUGAGCAACACAAAUUGAUUUAUAUAAACGCCACAAACUUCGAUGGUAAUCCAUCCUUAACGCUGCCGGAUAGCAGCAGCGAAGGCGCCAGCAUUGGCAGUGAACUGGACACAGGCCUUAUCAAUCUGGAGUAUAUAACGCCGCCAAAAAAAUACGGCGAAAUAACAACAACGCCUAGUCGCGGUUACGGUGGUAGUGGUGGUGGUGGCAGUGUCGGUGCUAGCGUCAAAUAUCCACCGAUGCCGAAUUUCCCACCACCACGCACAACAAUGCUGUCCACAACAGUAGCGCCAGUCGCGCAAUUUUUCACACCUCCACAUCAUCAUUUGGAGCAUCACGGUCACAGUAUCACUGCCAGCAAUAGCAAUAGCAAUAACAUGUAUAACAAUCCUUUGACAACACACGGCUAUCAACUCGUCGAAACACAAUCCACAUUUCCUCUGCAAACAGCUGCGCCAAAUUAUCAGCAACCGACACAAAUGUUCACGCCACAACAAAUUGGCAGUAGUGGUGUGCAAACGUUGACACCAAUGGAUGUUUACCAGCAGCAACAGCAACAUCAGCAGCAGCGCAAUCAACUGCAAACCUAUCCACCGCAUCAGUUUAUAAAUCAGCAGCAGCAGCAGCAACGACACCCUAUAUCUGGUGUGACCGCGGUUACGGCGGGCGGCGGCGGCAUGUCGCUCCCCACAGCCUUGUCGCCACAACCCACUCGCAUGGCACAAGUGCCAAUCCGUAAGGAUACUGACUUUUUGGUGCCAAACUACGAUAAUGCAGAACAUCAGUUAAAAGUAUAUGAAAUCAGAUCACCUCUAGUACUUAGCUGUAAUAUAACCAAAGCUGGUGAUUAUGUGCUGAAAUGGGAAAAGAACGGUACAGAUGUUGCGAAAGUCAAAGAGCUUGCCGGUCGUUACAGAAUUAUUGCGGCCGAAAGAAAGUUCAUUAUUGACCGCACAGAUGUUGCCGAUGAUGGUCUCUACAGUUGUGUAGCCGAUGAUCAGAAGAAAGAAAUUAAUGUAGUUGCUCGCGUUGUUGUACGAGUGCCUUCGAAUACCGGUGUUGUAGAGGGUGAGAAAUUGUCAAUUGUCUGUACAUCUGUUGGUACAGACCCACAAUUGUCCUGGAUGAUUGGUAAUUUGACAAUCUCAAACAGCACAGGUCGUUAUUAUUUGAAACCCGAUGAUAAUCAAGUGAAAAACGCAAUUUUGUCUGUUGAAAACAUCAGCCUGGAUGAUAGAGGCGAAUAUAAAUGCAUUGGACACAACGACGCCAAUGAGUAUGCCGGCUACGCUGAUGCUAGUGAUGCAUCAUUUGUGCGCGUUAAGGGCAAACUCGCCGCCUUGUGGCCUUUCCUGGGUAUCUGCGCCGAAGUUCUGAUCCUCUGUGCGAUCAUUCUCAUCUACGAAAAGCGACGCAACAAGAGUGAAUUGGAAGAAAGCGACACAGAUCCACAAGAUCAGUAAGUUUUGUAGAAAGCACAACAGCCACAGUUAUACCAGCUACCAUCAAAACAACCCACAUACAUACAUACAAGUAUAAACAUACAUGUAGAGACAUACAUUGAGAUAAGUGUUACAACAACAUUAAGCAAUUAGCUCUACAUGUAUGUAGAACAACAGGCAGUUAGUGGAGUAAAGUUUUUUUUUUAAUUCACAACACAGCAAACAAGAAAACACACACAGUGUACGCUACCAUUUAUGAGUUGAUGAAAUACACACAAACAAACUAAAAAUAAAAUAACAGAUCUUAAGUUUAUCCAAAACGAAGGCAUAAUUGUAAAAUAAUAAUAAUCGGACACUUAGACGCAACCUCAAACAAGACAAAAACAAAACAAUGGACAUAUGGAAAAUGUCGUUUGUCACAAAAGCAAAAUAUAUUUGGUUCUAUUUCGUAAUUUUGUAGGUUUUUUUUUUUUUUUUUUUGUUAAACGUUAAAAUGUCGCUUGUCAAAAAAUCAAGGCGUUAGUUUAUAAGCCUAAAGUUGAAGUUACGUAAAACGUUUAGAUCUUAACUGCAUAUAGCUAGUAAAAGUGGUUAUGUACUAUAUUUCUUUUGUGAGAGGCGUACAUGUUUUCGUGUGUAAACUUAAAUACAAGACGUUGAGGGAGUACCAAAACAAUUUAAACGUUAUAUAAUAUGAAACUUAGCGAAAAGAAGAAGAGGAAAAAAUUAGUUAACAAAUUGAAAACUGAUUUACUUAAUUGUAAAUUAAUUGUAUAAUAAAAUUAUGUAAUUUCCGCAAUGCAAAAAUUGCAUGAAUUUUUUUCUUUUUGAUGUGUACAAAAAGAAAGAGAUAGUAAUAACAUCUUAAGUUCUUUAAAAUCUAAGUUAAAAACAAUAGCCAAACAAAUACACUUAACAGAAGUCAUAGACACAAGUACUAUACUAUAUACAUACAUAUUAAUUACACAUUUUGCAGUUGAAAAGAGACUUAAUACAUUGACGAUUGUUGUCAGUCUAAAACAAUUAUGUUUAUAUUGUUUGAAAACAAAAUUUUGAAAAAUAUCUCAAAAAUGUUGAAAUUUGUUUCAAUUUUUUUUUUUUGUUUUAAUUUUUUGUUUUUUUGUUAUAAUACGUAUCACAACAUUUGUUAGCAUAAAUAUAUGGUAAUAAAAAGAAACGAAGGAAUUAUACACAAAUGUAUUGCUGUAGUCGGUAUAUAUUUCUUUACAAUUUUGUUUUGUGCCUAAUUUACUUUUGUGUAAUAGUUUUGUAAUAAAUCAUUUAUUUUUAUUUAAUGCUGUUAAAUUUCGGCCAUGUA